GCACCACCACCACCGGCGGCGGCCCCAGCUCCCGGCCGCCCCGCCGAAGUUCCGCGCGGGGCGGCUGGAGCGGGUCUCACUCCCCACCGCCCCCGGGGUGCGGCCAGCCGCUUUCCCCGCCCGCUCCGGGUCCCGCCGGCAGCCUCCGCCGCCUUCCGGGCCGGGACAGCCGCACAAAGCCCGAGCCGCCGCCCAGCAGGAAUCCCUUGAAGCUCUCCCUGGGAAUGGACAGCUACCUCCCUUUCUGGAGGAGAAAAGUGCCAGUUGAAGAAGAAGCCUUCAAGGCAAGUCGACAAGUGUGCUGAUAACUCUCAGGAGAGUAGAGGGAAGGGGUGACCUCCCAGGCCAACAGCCAUGCCUUUCGGGCUAAAACUGCGGCGGACCAGGCGCUACAACGUCCUGAGCAAGAACUGCUUUGUGACAAGGAUCCGUCUGCUGGACAGCAAUGUCAUCGAGUGCACCCUCUCCGUGGAGAGCACAGGGCAGGAGUGCUUGGAAGCUGUGGCUCAGAGGCUGGAAUUACGUGAGACUCACUACUUCGGCCUUUGGUUUCUCAGCAAGAGCCAGCAAGCCCGCUGGGUUGAACUGGAAAAGCCUCUGAAGAAGCAGCUGGACAAAUUUGCCAAUGAGCCUUUGCUUUUUUUUGGGGUAAUGUUCUAUGUGCCCAGUGUUUCCCGACUGCAGCAGGAGGUAACCAGAUAUCAGUAUUACCUACAAGUGAAAAAGGAUGUUCUUGAUGGCCAAUUACUCUCUUCAUUGGAGCAGGGAAUUCGACUAGCUGGCUUGGCAGUGCAAGCGGAUUUUGGAGACUAUAAUCAGUUUGAAUCUCAUGACUUCCUCCGAGAAUAUGUCUUGUUCCCUAUGGACUGGACCCAGGAUGAAGCUGUCUUGGAGGAGCUGACUCAAAAGGUAGCCCAGGAACACCGAACUCACAGUGGCAUUACAGCAGCAGAAGCCGAGCUAAUGUACAUCAAUGAAGUGGAACGCCUUGAUGGGUUUGGACAGGAAACCUUCCCUGUGAAGGAUAAUCAUGGAAAUGAUAUACAUCUCGGUAUUUUCUUCAUGGGAAUCUUCAUUAAAAACAGAAUUGGAAGGACAACUGUGAUUUAUAGGUGGAAUGACAUUGGGAAUAUAGCACACAACAAGUCUUCAAUUGUUCUGGAGUUGAUCAACAAAGAAGAGAAUGUACUCUUUCACACAGAUGAUCUCGAAAACGCCAAAUAUAUUUCACGUCUGUUUGCAGCAAGGCAUAAGUUUUACAAACAGAACAAAAUCUGCACAGAACAAUCAAAUUCUCCUCCUCCUAUCCGACGACGACCCACUUGGAGUAGGUCAUCCUUGCCAAGACAACAUCCAUUUAUACUGCCUCCUAUGCAUGUCCAGUGUGGAGAUCACUACACUGAAACACAUAAUUCACAAGACAGCAUUUUCCAUGGAAAUGAAGAAACUUUCUACUGUAGAUCUCAGACCAGCUUGGACAGGUGUCCAAUGGACUUCAGCUACUUGAAUGGUAAUGGACCCAAUGGAAGCGUAUGCAGUGCCCACAGCAUGAACUCCCUCAAUCGCUCACAGAACUUCAUCCAGGCAUCUCCAAUGUCCUCAAAUCUGAGCAUCCCUGGAAGUGACAUCAUGAGAGCAGACUAUAUCCCCAGCCACAGACAUAGUGCAAUCAUAGUACCAUCUUACCGGCCAACUCCAGAUUAUGAAACUGUCAUGAGGCAAAUGAAGAGAGGGGUGAUCCAGAUGGAUAGCCAAAGUCAGUCUUUGAGAAAUCUCAACAUUGGAAACACACACGCUUAUAACCAGCCAGAAGACUUAGUUUACAGUCAGCCUGAGAUUCGAGAGAGACAUCCCUACACGAUCACAUACGGGCCCCAGGGGGGUGGCUAUAACAACCCUGUCACCCCGUCUGACCAAAUGAACCCUAAUAACACUGUGCAAAAUAAGACAGCAGCCAGCGCCAUAUCCCACACCGUCAGCACGCCGGAACUGGCUAACAUGCAGCUGCAGAGCAGCCAGAGUUACAACACUGCUCACAUGCUAAAGAACUAUCUCUUCAGACCCCCACCUCCCUACCCGCGCCCGCGUCCUGCCACCAGCACACCGGACCUGGCGAGCCACCGGCACAAGUACGUCAGCGGGAGCAGUCCCGACUUGGUCACUCGCAAAGUCCAGCUCUCUGUGAAGACCUUCCAAGAGGACAGCUCGCCUGUUGUCCGUCAGUCCCUGCAGGAGGUCAGUGAGCCCCUGAUGGCCGUGAAGCACCACGCAGCUGUGAACAAGCGCCACAGUUUGGAGGUCAUCAGCAACAUGGUGCGUGGUAUAGAAGCCAUGGCGUUAAAAACUCUGAAUGCCCCUCUGCCGCGCAGAAACACCUUGCGGGAGCAGGUGCAGCCAGAAGAGCCUGUUCAGAUGGGGCACGAGGUUCAGCAGGUUCCUCAUUAUCAUCACAAAAAGACAUUCUCUGAUGCCACGAUGCUGAUACACAGCAGCGAAAGUGAAGAGGAAGAAGAAACCCAGGAAUCUGUGUCACGGAUAACAGCUCUCCGUGAGAACAUGGAGUACAGUGCUCAGCUGCAAGCUGCCUUGGCUAGAAUACCAAAUAAACCUCCUCCAGAGUACCCUGGGCCUCGUAAGAGUGUCAGCAACGGAGCCCUGAGGCACGACCAUGUUAGCAUUUCUGUGGCCGUAGCCAGGGCCAAAGCCAUGAGGCCAGGGCCUUCCAAAGCCAUCAGUGUCUCUCGGACUGAUCAAAUGGCCAUAAAUGGGUCUUCGCUUGGGCCUUCCAUCUCAGAGCCUGACCUCACGAGUGUGAAGGAGAGGGUCAAGAAAGAACCUGUCAAGGAAAGGCCUGUGUCUGAAAUGUUUUCUAUUGAAGACAGCAUUAUAGAAAGAGAAAUCAUGAUGAGGAAUCUAGAAAAGCAGAAGAUGGCAGGCCUGGAGGCCCAGAAGAGGCCCUUGAUGUUGGCAGCACUGAACGGACUCUCAGUUGCUAGGGUUCCAGUGCCGGAGGACAGCCAGGAUGAAGUCGCCAAGGUGCCAAUGGAUGAGAGGUGCAAAAUCCUGAGGAGGAAGUUGGAAGAGGGGAUGGUGUUUACAGAAUAUGAGCAGAUUCCAAAGAAAAAGGCAGAUGGGAUCUUCACCACUGCUGCCUUGCCUGAAAACACUGAACGCAACCGCAUCAGGGAGGUGGUUCCUUAUGAAGAGAACCGAGUCGAGCUGGUGCCAACCAAAGAAAAUAAUACAGGCUACAUCAAUGCUUCACAUGUAAAGGUUACUGUAGGUGGAGAGGAGUGGCACUACAUCGCUACCCAGGGGCCUCUGCCACACACAUGCCAUGACUUCUGGCAGAUGGUGUGGGAACAAGGGGUGAAUGUUAUAGCCAUGGUCACAGCUGAAGAGGAGGGAGGAAGAAGUAAGAGUCAUCGUUAUUGGCCUAAAUUGGGCUCUAAGCACAGCUCAGCCACCUAUGGGAAGUUCAAGGUGACAACCAAGUUUCGCACAGACUCUGGCUGCUAUGCAACUACUGGUCUGAAGGUCAAGCAUCUUCUCUCUGGACAAGAGAGGACAGUGUGGCAUUUGCAAUAUACUGACUGGCCAGACCAUGGAUGUCCAGAAGAAGUCCAAGGCUUUUUAUCUUACUUGGAGGAGAUACAAUCAGUGCGUCGCCACACCAACAGUGUCUUGGACAGCAGCAACACCUGCAACCCUCCCAUCGUGGUACACUGCAGCGCUGGGGUAGGCCGGACAGGAGUGGUUAUCCUGACAGAACUGAUGAUUGGGUGCUUGGAGCAUAAUGAGAAAGUGGACGUUCCUGUGAUGCUGAGACACCUGCGGGAGCAGCGAAUGUUUAUGAUACAAACCAUAGCCCAGUACACGUUUGUCUAUCAAGUACUCAUCCAGUUCCUGCAAAACUCCAGACUUAUUUAAUCUUUUCAAACAUCUCAGACCUUUGUGGAUCUGACUGAACCUUGCAGAUGAACAAGGGGAACUGCCUUGACAACACAGUGUGCAUAUUUUGCACUUCUUGAAGUUGUCUUGAAAGUAAGGAAUAAUUGUUCCUUUCUAGAGUCUCCCAUGGAUUAUUUUGUACAAGAUAUAAUUUAUUUUUCUUGGAAUAACUUGUGAAUUACUUUAAUAACUUGUUAAAACUUAUAGUGACCUUCAAAUUGAACCACAUUUGACAUGACUGGUCUGCAUUGUAACAUGUCCAUAAGGAAAACAAUCCUUAGCAAAGGUAGUUACUGGUUUUUAUUUUGCCACAUAGCUUCUGAAAUGAGCAGUUACUUGGCAGUGGGAUUUUCCUCAAGUAAAAUCAUUUUGGACCCAAAUAUGUGGCUAUCAUGGUAAAAAUAAGACCUGCUGGAUGUCAGCUACAGCUGUGCAUGAGUGGAAGUGAGGGUACACAGUCCUGAGGUAGGGAAACCUGAGCCUCUGCACACAUGCAACAGAGCAUAUUAGAGAGGGCUCAAUCACAACCAAUUGUGAGCACAGUUUCUGGGUGUUAAACUGUUUGAAUUCCACAGGACUUACAAUUUUAUAUUAGUUCUUGAAAAAGAGUGAUAUUGGAUCUUUUUAAACGAGUCCUUUGCUGCUGUCUGCAGUCCUUGAAGGGAUUCCUAAGAGCUGAAGCAGUGCAGGGUGAAGUGCAGUGAACCAGAGCAGACUGAAGUCAGUGAAUGAUCCUUUCCAACACCUGUCAUGGGCUGUGGGUUGAACAGCAGAGGAAUUUCAACUUAAUGCAGAUGGAAAAAAACCAACUUACAGCAUAGUAAGAAUGUUCUUGAUUUAAGUUAAUUUAGGCAUCUCCCAUUUCCUUAUCUUCUUCUCAUGUCUUCAGCACUGUAGUAAUUUUUAAUUUCUAGUUAUUUGAACUUUGUCAAAAUGAUCAAUGGGGUCUUUCCUCUGAAUUAAGGCUCUUCACCAUCUGGAGAACUCGCAUACAGAGUCUGCCUUGAUCCAUCACUGUCUUGAUCUGUCUUCAGUAUUAGCAAAUCUCACUUUGUUAGGGUGGUUUUUGUAGUAAAUUACACAGAUCUCCUCUCUGUCACUUUGGAUUCCCCCUCCUAUUUAUUAUUGCUAUUUUAUCCUGGUAACGUUCAGGGAUUCCAGUUAGGACUGGGAGGAGGAUGUAUAAAUACAUAAAGGAGAGAGAGUCCUUCUCUGAAGUUUACAAUCUGAACAGAAAAGAGAACCAAAACUCCUUCACUGCACAACUUGGGCACAGAUUCUUAACUGUCUUGCCCUGGGCCAACAACAAAACCUAUGACAAAGUGAAAAAAAAAAAAGUCCACGUGUCCUGUAAGUAUCUCAGCAGCUAGACCUCUCCUCCUCUCUCUUCUUUAUCCUCUGGCCCUUGGCAUUGGGUAGUUGUUCUGCUGCACAGCUCAGUAUCUAUAUUCCUAUCUACAAACUGCUUAUUUUACUGGAGUAAGUCACAUUAUGUAGUACACUGCAGUGUGUGCAUGGUAGUGUUUACUUUUUGAAGUGACAGUAACUGCACUUCAAAAAAGCAAUUAAAAAAGUUGUGGUGCACCUCCCACACUGUUAUUUCUGGUGUAGGAGAUGGAAAGUUCCUGCAUUGGGGUUGCUCCUGGUCUAACACUGACUCCAGUUUCCCAUCUCUGCAUACUGCCAGCCUCCCACAGGCAGUCCAGCCCUGCUUUGACUUGACAUUCCAGUUGGAUCACUUGGGAAUUGACCAGGCUGGAGAGGAGCCAUGGAGGUCCCUGGUCCCAGCCUUGCUCACCCCAGGCUCGCCCAGGGUCAUAUCCAGCUUCAGAAAUCUUCAAAGGUGGAGAUUUCACAGCCUCUCAUGGCACACGAUGUGAUGCAGUUACUCUGUCAUGAUGAAAUUAUAUUUCUUGGUUUCCCUUUCCCAGAUAUAUUUGAUCUUUGCUUCUGCACUGCACCCCCACCUCCAAACCCUUGGUCAGCAUACAAAGGUCUAAGCCUACAAAUAGUGUCAACUAAAGGGACUCAGGCACUGACCGGUGCCUAAAAUCAGUGAGAACUUAAGCUAAGGGUCUGUAAAAGAGUAUUUCUUGAAUUGCAUUUAAAACUGUGCUGUAUUGAUUUGUUUCUCUGGAAUACAGGUCUAAGGAGGUGACAAGGAUUCUGGUGAAGACUUUUAUCUACCAACAAAUGGUGAGGAGUUACUUAGCUGUAGUAUCUUGCCCAUGUUCCUUUUAGGGAUCAGUUGAGCUUUCAGUCAAUUUGAGUUUUCUUCUAAUUUUUUCUGCCAAUGCCAACAUACCUCUUGUUAAAUUAGCAGCAGCCAUUUAAAGUCUUUUCAGCAGCAUCUGCAUGGUAAUUGCCCAGAGAUGCUUUAUAUCUGGGAAACAAGCCAAGGAAUAAACCUUGAAGCAAAGUGUAUUAAAUUAGUUAUCUCGUUAUAGCUUUUUGAAUAAUUUCCUAAUUAUGAAUUAAGUUUGAACUCAGAGCUGUCAAAUCCCAUUGCUCCACUUGGAUGAAAAGUAGAAAAUUAGGAGGAAAAGUAUCUGUUCCUGUGUCUUAUUAUUCAGCUUUUCUUGGCUGAAAUGUCUACUUCUAUUUCUACAAUGACCACAGAAAAGCUACUGCAUAAGAGAAUGUAAAGAGCUUUGUUUGAAAGGAAACAUUUUUUAUUUUUUUUAAAUGCAAAGAUGCAUUAUAGGAGUUUUAGAAAAAUAUUAAUUACAACAUGGCACCAAAAAGCUUUCCCAAAUUUAGUCAGUGCCUAUUAAUGGGCCAAAUAAGUGACCACACAGUAAACAGUAAUUUCCAAUUAACUCCUAACACGGCUGGUACAGUAGAUAGAGACCAAUGUGACUCACUUUUUCCCUUUCAUUGUCAAAGAAUGGUAAUUUUAAGCUUUUCCUUUCAUCUGACUUCAAUGUAUUUUUUUCCUGCUAGAUUUUAUCUUGACAAGAUCUGUUAAUAUCAUAAGCGAAUUGGGGUGUGCAUGUCUUCAGAGGUUUCUUUCCACCUCAGCUCAUAAUCAAACCUCAGCAUGCUGAUGUUUUAUGACUGAAAUGUGAUACAGUCUUGUAGGGGAAAAACUGAACCUUCUGACUUUGAACCUGUUGUCGUUUCAUCAGGCCUAAAUUUCUUGGGCAGUAUUUCCUAACCUUUAGGGAGUGACAGGAAAAUGCAUUUUGCAUCCAAUUUCAUUAGUCAUAGCAGGAAUGAAUGCAUGAGACUUAAAGCAACAAUACUGUUUAGUUUGUGUCCCCCAGGCUUUAACAGCAGAGUUCCUCAAUAGGAAAGGAGGACAGUUUUGGGUUGGUGUCUGUUGUGUUGUGGUUUUUUUAACAUGAAAGCAUGACAGUGGGUUGGUUCAAAGACACCAGUUUCAUCAUUCAUUUGGAGUAAAGUCUGGAUUAAAAAUCUCACAAAGGUGCGUAAAUGGUCAGUGAAUAGACCUGCACCUUAAAAAGUCUGACACAAGCAGUCUUCUCCCACGGUGCCCAGGUUGGCACAUUUAGCCUAUGCUCCCUGACUGUCAAAAAAAUUGGAGUACACGAGUAAGUCUGAAUCCAUUGUGUAUAUAUUCCUUUUUGUGCACUCUUAGUCUGUAUUUCAUUUUCUCACUUAGCUUUUUUUUUUUUUUCUUUAAACCCUUAAUGAUAGUAUCGAGGAUGCUGGCAUCAAUUUUUUGGUUAAAGUUACAGUCUGAGCAUUUUCUGCCUCAUACCAAUCAGGGAUAGCAGACAGCUGAGUUCUCAGUUAUGUCAGUGCUGUGGACAUCCUGUUUUCUUUCCAUCAGCCAGAGACUGCACUGGAGCAUGGUGAACAUCCUCAGGUCCCACUUGUGCUAGCUCCUUCCUGGGCCUAUUUUGGCACACUUUGUCCUUUGUUACGUGAUGAAAUAUGAAGCUUGUUCCCACAAACUUUCUCCUGUAUAGGUAUUUAGGGACCUUAAAUGUUCAGCCUUACUGGAAAUACCUUUUCCCUAAACUAGCUUCAGCUGGCAGGAGACAUCUCUGAGAACUUACUCAACUAAUGACCCCCUCUAUAAAAAGUGUAUCGAAGGACAUUUCUGUUCUACUUAUUCAAAUCAUAGAAUCAUUCUAGUUGGAAAAGACCUUUAAGAUCAUCAAGUCGAACAAUUAACCUAACUAAACCAUAGUUUAAACCAUAGUUUAGUUAGGGCUAAACUAUGUUCCUAAGUACCACAUCUACACAUCUUUUAAAAACCUCCAGGGAGGUUGGUUUAACCAACCUGCUGCUCCCUGGGCAGCCUGUUCCAGUGUUUAAUAAUCUUUUAUAUUACUUCUAAUAGCUAAUCUAAAUCUACCCUGGUGCAAUUUGACACCAUUUCCUCUUAUCCUGUUGCUUAUAGCUGGAGAGAACAGACCAACCCCCACCUCACUACAACCUCGUUUCAGGUAGUUGUAGAAAUCAGCUGCCUCAGCUACAAUAUUAUUAAAUACUUGCAUGAUUUCAAGAGUUUUCUAAAAUAUUACUUGCCUCUAAACCAACAGAAAUGUAAAUGGCAAAACAUAGGUUGGAAAAGGAUGAGGCAAGUCUCAGUGCUUCAGUAGAGACGGUUAUUUUAAGCCAGCACAUUAUUUUUUUGAUACAAUCUGCUAUGGUUUUUGGCCCACAAGUGACUGAAAUAAACAUUGAUGGGCAAUCUCAUACCUGGCUAUAGCAGAGAUCUAUGAGGAAAAUUCAGCAGCUACUGCCCAUGCUGCAUUCUCAACACCUGGGUUUCCCCAGGUCUCCUGGGAGCAGAUGACAACUGAAUUAGCUCUUGUCAGUCUCACUAACAGUUUGUGAACUGUGUGCUCAGAAAGGGAAAGCAUCAGUAGGGGCAGCAUCUGCUGUAGCAGCUCUGGUGCUUUACUGAGAGAGGUCAGAGUUAAAUUUUGCUGCUUUUCUUUGUGGAAAAGAAGGUUUUCCAUCCAGAGGGCUAGGGUGGCAUGUGCUGCAUGAAAUAAAGGAUGAAAUUGAAGGGGCAAUAUCAGAACUGUCCUUGAAAGGGAUGCACUGCAUGAAAACAGAAUUUGGCCACCUCUCUACAAAAAGGGAUAUAAAUCUGCUGAUGGAUCACCCAAGGUGUAUUGAGUUUGGAGAUGGGUUUUGUGCCAACAAGAGAAAGGUUGUGAGUUCAGGACCCCAAAGGGAAUUGCCCCCAGCUGAUUCUUAGCCUUCUGGAGAGGUUUUCUUGAACCUGGUGCUAUGGGACUGCCUAUGCCAGCUGAAUUUUCAGAGAAGGUUAUAUAUGCAGCUGCGUGCAGCCUUGGCUUGCAGGGACUGGGAUUUGAGGAGGGAACAGCUGGUUGCCUAAGCUGUUGGGCAAACAACAGAAGAUGGAGAUCUUAACCAUAGAUAAAUUCCUGAUAGAUUGUGAAAUAAAACAUUUAGUGCACAAAUCAAAACCAGCAGUGUUUAUAUAAAUAUUUAAAGUAAAUACACAUUGUCAGUUUUUAGAGUAUCAAGACUAAAUUCCCUUGGUUCCUCCAAGCCAUUUUUUCAUCUGGUCCUUCUUUGACAUUUUGUUGCCUGUGUUUUGUGUGCACCCUCACUGAGAGUUCCCAUGUGCUACAACAGCAGGACUUUGCCUUUGGAGGGGGCACUGGAGUCAGGGGUAAAAUAGUAGCUUUUACUGAAGAAUCCUAGCACUGAUAACAAAAGCCUAAUACUGCAGCUGAUCUUGUAAAUGAACUCAGUACUUAACAGUUUUACUCUUCCAAAUCACCUAGGCAAGGACUCACUGUUUCAGAUCCUCAGCUCCAGCUGUUUCAGGGAGAGUGUUUCCUGAGGAGGCAGGCAGAAAUAAAAGAGGAAGGUUUCCCACAAACUACUUCCACAGCAGGCUGGAGAUCACACCCUGUCUCAGACAGUAGCUGGUAGUUGACACUUAAAGAAGAAAUAUGAAUGUCUUGAGUAGGUGCUCAGCCACUCUAGCACAGCUGGCAGCCAGUCCUAUAAGGGAUUCUUGAGGCAAGUUAUAUCCUACUCGCUGUGUUCAGGAGCUGCUGAUGGAUACAUCUUCCAUGCAUCAAGUUACCUUUUCUUUAGACCCCAUUUAUUCCUCUUGCUUUCACAAUGUCUGGUGGUGGUGAAUAGUUUCACAACUUAAUUAUACAUUACAUCUACAAGAAGUUCCUUUUUGUGUAUGUUAAGUAAAAGUGUUUUCUUGCUGCUACUCAGUCUUUAAAAAAAACACCAAAUCUUUAGUGCCAGAAACAUUGCUAAUAGGAUGUUUAUCCUGUUGAGAUGUUUUCCAGAUGGAGCAAAGUUUUCCUCAUUAGUAAAGUUACCUUUCUUUGACUAUUUUACAAAGGAAAAAAGUUUACACAUGCAGAUGACUAAUGAUCCCAUAUAUAAUAGUGUGGGCCAUGUGUUAAAUGAAAUAACAUGUUUAAGUAAGUUUUACAUCACUGGAUUUUACUGUUGUGUUUUACUUCAGUAUUUUGAUGCUUCCUGUUUUAUUUGUUCUGUAAUUCUGUACAUGACAGUUUAGCAUAAAAAAAUGAUGGGAAUCUCACAGCCACAUUGUAUGUACACAUUUUGUAGAAAGUAAGACAUCAGCUAUAUGCCCUUCCUGGCCCCCACUCCCUUCUGUUUGGGCUGAAUGGCAGAACUAUUCUAUGCUAUUGAAAGCUUUGAAAAAAAGAACAAAAACAACAACAAAAAAACAAAAAAACCCCAAAACCAAACCAAACACUAUGCAUGCUAUUUUAUAGUCUAAUGUAUUAUUCAUAUCAGUUCAUAAGCUUAUGCUUAUCAGUUUUAUCUUGUGUAUAGAACUGAUUACUUUUGUGACAGUAUUUUUGCACUGUUUCUCUUCUUUCUCUAUUUUUAUAAAGUUCUAUUCAGCAUUAAUUGACUGCAAUAAUUUUUUACCCUUUUCACUACCUUUGUGUAAAUAGUUUCU